CCCAUGGUGACGGCUCUGGGCGUCCUAGGACUCGCCUAGCUGCGGCCGGCGGCCAUCUUAGGAGUGAACAAGUGCCUUCUAUACAUUCAGAAUGAGUACUUUGCCUCCUGUGCUGAUACAGUGUCCAAAGAGAUAUACCAGUCUUGUGGAGCAGAUGGUUUGCCCUUCAAUAAAACUUGCAAGGAUUCAUUUGAUCAAAGACAAAGAUGCCAUAGAUCAUUAUUUGUCGAUGAAUAUCAAAGGGUUGUCAAAACAAGAGGCUGCUGCUUACAGGAAUUCAUACAAGAAGAACAUCUGCAUAGACAUGCUGCGACAGGGUUAUCACAAGUCCUUCUCUGAGCUCUUCACUCUGAUACAGAAAUGGAAUGCCUUGAGGGAGGCUGCAGGGCCUGGGUCAGCCAUAUGGCAGCAGAAGUCCCUGGAGGAGCAGCCUGAUAAGCUGGAUCAGCUUCACCAUUUCCUGACCAGGGCUGAGGCAGCCCAACGAGCCGAGUACUAUGAGGAGGUGUACAAUAACCAACUUAAGUUGGCCUACUGCUUCAACAACACUGAGGACAAAUGGUUAAGGAAUUACUUUUAUGAACAAUGUCUUAGCACUGCUCAGCUGAUCAAAAUCGAUGGAGGGAAAAAAGAGUCUGAAGCACAUGCAAAUAUGGGCCUUGUCAAUGAGGAACAAGGUAAGCAAAAAAAAAGUGCUGAGCAUUAUGAAACAUUCCAUCAAUUGACACUGGGACGGAUGUGGAAUGAUGAGACAGGCCAUACUUACAACUCACUGGCCUGUGAGCAUCUCUGGAGAAUUUACACAUUACUAGCAGACCAAAUGCUAGAAAAUAAAGAACACCAACAGGCCAUCAAAACUCUAAUAAAAGCUUUUGAAAUGGCAAAAAAAGGAGGUGAUAAGAAGAUGGAAGGAGAAGCUGCCUAUUGUUUGGGGCUAGCCUAUCAUUCUGCUGGAGAAGAACAGACGGCAAUAAUAACUCUGAACACCUACAAAGAAAUCUCCACAGAACUGUGUGAUAUUGUUGGCCUAGGCAGAGCAUAUCAAGCUAUAGCCAAGGUCCUGGUAAGUCAAGUAAAUGUGACUGAGGCUAUUGAGUACUUGGAAAAGUUUGUGACAGUUGCCAAGAGUGCUCAGCUAAGCCGAAGUCUAGUGGAUGCAUGCAUAUCCCUUGGAGAUAUUUACAAUGAAAGAGGGAACUAUUACAAAGCCUGUGAAUAUUUCAAUCAGGCUUUUGAGGCAGCAAACACUCUAACUGACUUGCCCCUGGUGGAUGAAACGAAGGUUUAUUACGGCAUCGCAAAAGCUCAUAACAUGAUGGUGGCAGUUAACAGUCAUACAGACGCUGCAGAUCACGUCAGCAUUGAGUACCUGCUGGCAUGGAAGGAGAAUAGAAGUGACAUGUGCACUGACCCUUUUACAGUUGAGCUUGCUAAAGACACAAGUGAUGUUUUGGAGACCAAUGAACUAUUUCUGCAGACCCCAGUUCAAGAACCUCUAUGCUGAGACAAGCUGGGACAAUUGAGAUCAUAGACCCUUUGGUUAAACAACAUGGAGCUGGUAUCAGGGUUUCUUCAGGGAAGGACACGCAACUACCCCACCACGCUCCCCAAUUCUGACAAAGCCUGAGUUUACAGGCCCUCUGGUGGAGACCUAACUAGUGGUGCAAGGUCUAACUAUCCAUGCUGGUGAGGACUAACUUGUGUAGCUCUGCUGAAGUCAUUUGGACUAUAAUAUAUAUACUCACUAGCAUGAAUGAGGGCUGCAUAGCCAGGCUCCCAGGUUUUUACUGGGUAAUGGGCUAGGCAGUUAUUUUAAUCUCAUUUCUUUCACAUUAUGUACAUCUGCGAGGGGGAGGAUUUUACCCCAGCACCCAACCCAGCUACAUAGACAGGCACUGGCCUCUCAAUUUGCCCCUGGAGACUUACAAAAGACGCACAAUAACAAUUACAACGGACUUGUUUCCAACCGCAGCUUCUAAGCUCUGCAACAGCAAUGUCUUUAGUUUUUAUGUUCUGAAUUGAAAUAAGCCUUUAUGUCUGGUGAGACAUGGAACUCCUCACAGGAACUUUGUGACUGUAGAAUAUUUUGAAGAAUUGAGAGCCUUUGCUUUUACUUUGCAUCUCCCAUACUCCAUUGUGGGAGAGCAAUAUCACCAGUACCUUCAAACUUUGUCAUACAUGUGGUGGAGGUAGCUGGGGAACUGCUUGAGAUCAUAACAGGUAAGCAUUUCUAAUUCUUCCUGUUACAUUAAAGUUAUUGGAGCACUCUAUACUGACGUAUAUUAAGCACUCUGAGAGAGGUGUCCAUGUUCAAACAUAAUUCCCACUUAUGAUAAAAGUUACAUGCACUUAUCAAGGGGCGAAUAGACACCUUUGUGGUAACUUAUAAAGUUUAAAUGUUUAUAUGUGGGUUGUAUGGCAUUCCAUAACAGCAAUCAGCAGACAAAUGCUUUCUUAAAAUCAUAAUUGUAGGCCAGCCUAUUGGUAGUUCUUUAAACUGCUGUGCACGAGACCCAACCCCAAGGCUUGUGGAAUGCUGUAGAAGCAACACAGUCAGUCGAGACACAAAUUGUCUCACAUGACUCAGUAGCUACCACCCCAGCCAAAGAAUAAGUAUUGCUGAUAAGCCUUGGAGGGAGUCUCUCCUUAGCCAUAAUAUGAAACCUGAAUUGGAAUAAGACUUCAAGUCUGCUGAGACAUACAUUUGUGGUGUAUUGAGGAGGAUUGGGGGAAGGGUGAAUAAAAGAGCAUGGAGUGAUGCCAUACAGAAAAAAAUCAUAAUAGCAUCUACCUGAAGCUAAACAAACAAUUCACAGUGAGCAGUUUAUUCAGUGACUUGUCUCUUUUUCUGCUCAUAGACUAUCUGCAAACAGAUUGUCAUUUCCAUGAAUGUAUUUGUUGUCUUAAUGUAUUUGCUGAAUAUAUUUUUAACUGUUUUGUUAUAUGGAUUGAUUGAGAAUAUUCUAUAUUUGGGCCAAUGGUCUUAGAUUGUAAACUCUUUGGGCAAGGAUCACCUUUUUGGUUAAAUGUGCGUACCGUGCCUGAUAGUGUGGGAUCCUGAUCUAGCUUCUAGGUGCUAUUGCAGUACAAAAAUAAAAAGCCUGACAAUAAUCCUGAGCUGUAUUGCUGGUUGUGGUUGAUCAGAUAGUCACACAUUGUUUAUGUUUCCCUAUUGGGUAAGUGCAAAUGCUGAAAUCUGCUUUGAAAUUCACAUUCUGUGAACAUAUAUGCCAGUAAAUUGGAUGGCUCAAAUGUUUAUGGAAAACCAACACAAAACAGGUGUGAGUGUAGCUAACACUGGUUAGUUUAAAAAUAUGAAUUCCUAUUCACAGGAAUGUUUUUGCCUUAUUCACCCAGACCUGCUUGAACCACAUCACUGGCUGUUCUUGUGUAGAUUCCAUCAGCACGACAAUACAACUUUCUUUGAAAUCUGUUGGGCUUAAUCUCACCAUUGUUCAGUUCAGCUCCAGUUCAGUAUUGCAAUCCCCUGUUGUACAUUUCCCAAUAUCAGAGAUAUUGAAAUAUCUUCAAGACUCUGAGUGAGAGUGAAGUUAACUAUUUUUUAAUAAAAAAAGAUGGUGGGAAUACAUAGUGGUCUUCAUCAACUGAGAGUAUAUAAAACCUAGGCCUGCAUCCUCUGGUGCACAUAGUGAACUCUGGGUGCUACUGAUAGGGAGAGUUGUAAAGAAGAUAUUUCCAGUUGCCCACUCACAGGGUUAUUUCCAUACCAGCCCUGUCCUGAUGAUAGUUCAGAGCAGCCUCAGGGCCAAAAUACACCAGCUGGAGAUUUCCAGAGCCAGCUCGCUGCAUCUUGCAGAGGUGGCAUAAAGCCACCUAGUGGAACUCUGUGAUGUCUGAGAAUUCCAUCAUCCUGGGUAAAUCAUCAGCCUUCCCAACACGCCCCCAAGUAGGGCAGCUUUAAGUCCCUUUUCUACUGCCAGAAUGGCUUGACAAGAAUUUAUGGUGGAUAUAGCCCUGUAAGUGCUUUUAACUUAUUCACCAUAUACAGUAAUGCCACCCCAAUGUUCAAAAAUCAUGAGUUUUUUCUAAAAAACCAUGAGAUUAUUUUAACUAAUAAAUAUUGGGUCUUUGUUUUUCCUCUUCUAGUUUCUAAGCCUCUGUGGAGCACUUGGGUCACAUUUUAAAGCUUUUUUCCUGCAACCAUAAGAACUAAAAACUUACUUAUUAAAUGUCAACUGAGAUUUUCAUGUAACCUCUUGACUUCAGAAGCUAGGACUUUAAGAACAGCCACAAAUAUUGUGAGACUUGCAAUGAAAUUGUGAAACUUGCCAACACUGCAUCUGAUGUCUUUACAUAACUAGUUUGUAUUAUUUGU